AUGCAGAGAGUAGAAGAGAGAAGUUUUGGCUCGAUACAUUCUGGAAAGUCUGUAGAGACAGUGUCGCUGGGCAAGUUUGUUCCACAGCAUCCUCCAGGUUUGCAGGCUCCGACGACAAGCAUUCCAUCAGACGUGGAUGUGCAAAGACCUUUGGAAUCUAGUGCGGUUAUUCUUGAAGGAAAGGAGUAUUAUCGGGAUGCAUUGGGAACCAUUUGGAAUUUCACAGCCGCUGGUGAGUGGGAGUGGGUUGAUGAGAAUCGAAUUCCAGUUGGAGCGGUGAUCUUUAACAUGGCGGAGUUAGAGGAGGGGAGCUUUGCAAGGGAUCGCGCGCUAGCUGCUCAUGAAGUCGUGGGUGCAUCUACUCCUGGUUUGAUGGUGCCACCAAAGAUCUCUAGCUCGGUGGAGGGGCAGGGGAUCCUGAGUGGCGCGAUACCGUCAGCAGCGAGGGUGGAUGUGCCACACAGGUCCGUCGUCUUCUAUUCCGCAGGUGGCGAGUGGGAUGGGGCAUACCGUGGAGCGUCCAGAGGGUCUGGGGCAAACAGCGGGGGUGUUUCAGCCAAAAAGCUUGUGGUGGAUGAGGCCAUUGUGGGGCAGAAUUUGGGGUUGUUGGAUACCUGCGCUUCUCAUGCUAUUCGGACGCUGAGGGCAGGCGAACCUGUCCCAACAGAUUCUGUUGAAGUUGCAUUGGCCACUGGUUGCGCGCACAUGCUUAUCAAUUCGGUGGGAACAUUGGUUACUCGUGAAACUGUUUGCCCUGUAGUUCCUUUUCAUCUUGCUCAUUCGCAUCUUCAUGUGGACUUUGAUGUGAUUGACGGUCGGUGCACGGUUGUACAUCCUCAGAAGGGUGACUUGAAAGCCCAAGUCCUUGAUGGCCGCAUUGUGAUCGAUCGCCAGGUGGCUUUAGACAUGAUUGCGGACUUGGAAACGGCGUUGGGGGAUGCAGCAGCUAGGGGGGGGUCAGGGUCUUCAAUUGACGACCUUCUGCAAGGAACUGCUGCUUCUAAGGCUAUCGCUGGAUCUGAAGAGGACGUGGUAUCUGGUUUUCUCAAUGUUGCUCGGGUGGAUGGGGUCCAUGACCGUACACAAGGUGUGGGUUUGCUUGAUUCUGGGGCUUCGCAUCCUUUGAGAUCCUUGCGUCCGGGGGAGCCGUUACCAACAAAAAGGGUGACUGUGGCUUUGGCUUUGGGCAAGAAGGAAAUGAUGCUCACGGAUGGUGGUACUCUAGUUACAAGCGAGCGGGUGGAUCCUUUGGUUCCGAUUGGCAAGGCUAGCGAAUUGGUUGGUCUUCAGGUUCGUUGGCGCAAAGGAAAGUGUACGGCUACGCAUCCAAUACUGGGCCCUCUGGAAGUUGAGACGGUCAAUGGUUGCCCUUGCAUUGCUGAGGCGGUUGCUCUACGAAUCAUUGAUGAAAUGGAGCAAAAGGGGGUUGCUCACAUGUUGCAGUCUGUACGUGCGCUUCAAGGGUGUCCAUCUGCAGACACGGAACAUUCAGUACGUGAGUGUCUUCAUGGUGCUAUGCGUAGUGGAAAUCAAGAUGACUUUAUUCAGGCAUGCUGGCGUUGGUUGCGUUGGUACUAUCCUGAUGUCCCGGAAUCGAUGCUUGUGGAUCUUCUUCCUGCCUCGGGAGUGGGGGAGUUGCUUUACAAUCGUCACAAAAGACGGCGAUUAAAGAAAACCAGACGCGUCAUCGUUCAUCUGCACUCAGGCGGUCCGCGAUUGCACUUACCAAGUAGUUGUGGCGAAGUUCUAGAAGUGGAUUUUCGUACUGACCUUCAUUCUUCUUCCGUGUGGACGUACAUCCUCUCGCUGGCAAUUGAGGGCAAGGUCGUUGCAGUGGUAGGUGGCCCGCCAUGUGAGACUGUGGCUCAGUUCAGGGGUGUUGAGGACGGUGGACCACCAGUGCUACGAGGGAGGUGUGAUGAGGGGCGUUUCUGGAAGGAUGGGCUCAGCUAUUCAAGUGAGGAACUGGCUAAGAAAGACGGCCUACUGUUUUUGAAGGUGCUAUUCCUGUUUGAGACAGCUGUUCAGGCACGAAAAGCUUUGUCAUUGGAGCAAUCCUCUUCGGUACAUGCUGGUGUGUUUUUCGCAUUGGAGAGUCCGCAAGAUCCAGAAUUGGUGGGGCAAAAGUUUUCUCAGAUUGGUUGUUCAGUUAUGUGCAGGGAAGAUGUUGCAGAAGAAGGUCAACCCAGCCUAGCUUCUCCAACAUUUUUCGCAUGGCCAGAGGUGCGAUCUUUCAGGACUCGGUACAACCUUCUUGCAGCACAUUGUGAUCAGGGUGCUUUGGGUCAUUAUAUGGUCAAGCCAACGACGGUUCUUACUUCCGAUUUUCAGUUGUGGGAGUCUCUAGAGCAGGUUCAUGUGCGCGUCCCAUGGGUGGUGUCAGUACCCGAGGAGGCUAGUCAACGGUUGGCUAUGUCUAGGUCGUGGUCCUUGUGGGCUCCGGGGCUUACAACGCGGAUCAAGCGAUGUUUGCGGGCGUGGUUGGCACACUCAUCUUUCGUGGAGCAUCAAGCUGUUUCUGAGGAGAGGGCGGUACACCUGGCCAAACUCACAGCUGAGGAAUCUGAGUAUCGAGAUCAUUGCUUGAGGGGUCACAUACCUUUCCGUAAAGACUGUGAGGUCUGCGUUCGGGCUGCAGGUAAAGAUCGGCGUCACCUUCGACAAAAGUAUGGCAGCGCUUAUACUCUUUCAUUGGAUUUGGGUGGUCCUUGGCAGGAGGCUAAAGAUCUGUAUCAAACGCAGCGUCAUGUGUUGAUUGGUACGUAUCAGUUUCCUUUGUUGGAUAAACCGGCUACUGAAGAGGGUUUCCCUAUUCCUGACGAUGUGGUGGGAGCGCAUGAAGAAGGUGAUGGUGCGGAUGAUGUGUCUUUAGAGCCUGAAGACGGGGAUAUUGUGACUCCUGACGAGCGUUUGGAGGCUUCGGAGGUUGAGGUCAAAAAGGUUAUCGAGUCAGAAGAGGCUUGGCGUGCUUUGAAGGAUCAUGCCACUAAACCAGUGCGCAUGAUUAACUUCAUGAUUGCCGAACCUCUCAAAAGCAAACACAGAUCGGAAGUUUUAGCCGCUACACAGCGUAUCUUGGUCAAGCUUCAACAUCAAGGUUAUCCAGUUCUGCGGCUUCAUACAGACCGCGGCGGUGAAUUCGUGAAUCAGUCUUUCCGUACAUUCUGUGAGGCUCGACAGAUUUUUCGUACUACCGGGGACCCCGGAUCACCACAGAGUAACGGUCGCAGUGAAGCUACGGUUGGGGUGUUCAAAAAAGGCGUCCGCGCACUGCUAAAGCAGGCCAAUCUGGAUUCAUCGUAUUGGGCACGUGCCGCUGUUCAUUGGUCAGCUCUUCGAUGGAGAUGGGCUGAACAACAGCUGGGAUUGAAGCCUCGUGAUAUUCUUCCAUUUGGUGCUCGGGUUCAUGUGCGUCGAAGGGCUUGGGAACUUCGUGAUCCGAGUGGUUCUAAGAAAGGGCGUCAGUGGUUGGAUCGGACACAGCCGGCUUUACUGUUAGGUCCAUGCACAGAGGUUUCUGGAGGCUACAUCGUUGAAGCUAGGGGCGCUAAAGAUGAUCCUGACAAGCUGGUUAUGUUUCCAACUACGGUGGUCUAUGACAAGGUGGAACAUAAGUCGUCGGUUCCGGAGUGUGAUGCCGAGUUUACUGAGGAACUUCCAGCGCCUCCUAAGCAUCGGAUGCGUUUCAAAGGGGUGGCUCGUACCAUGCGGGUUCCGAGGGAGACGGAUGCUGAGGUCCUUCCAGCGUUGAGGCGUUUCAUACCAGAUGGGUCGCUUCGUUCACUAUGCUGCACGAACCGGGGGGAGGGUCCAGUUGCUUGCGAGGUUUUGCAGGAAGACUUGGAGGUGGAAAUCCCGUCGGGUGACAGUCCGCGUGCGUGCAUUGCAAAACCCUGUUACACUGAUGACAUCGCAAAAAGUGAGGAGUUAGCGCGUGAGUGGUUGGAGCAGAAGAAGUUUUCACCCCAAGAGUGUUUGGAACUUUUGGAGUCUGUGGGGUUGGAUUUUCGUGCGAAUCGGAGAGGCGACAUUCACUGCAAUGAGGAUCGCAUUCAAGCUGUGACUCUGGGACAGUAUGUUCGUGGACAUAUGUGCGGCGUGACCAAUGCUGCAAAACAUAGGCCCAUGUUCGUCAAGUACUUGGUGAGCUUUGUUCGCGAACACAAUCCAGAUGUGGUAUUCUCAUCGGUUUAUCUUUCGUGUAACACUGCCGUGGGAGUCCAUAGAGAUCGUCACAACGAUUACUCGUGCAACAAUGUCAUCUGUGCUCUUGGCGAGUUUACGGGUGGAGAAUUGUGGGUGCAAGAUGAUGGUAUCUCUAGGGAGGAUCAAUCUGCAGUGGAGCGGAAGUACGGUGAUCGUAGCCUCGUGGGCAAGACGGUGGACAUUAAGAAUCAGUUCUUUUCAUUUUCACCCCAACAGGCUCAUGGCCCUCAACCGUGGAGCGGCACCAGAUGGACUAUCACAGCAUUCACGCCUCGAGGAAGUGAUCAACUUUGUGAUGUGGAUCGGAGUUUUCUCUUGGACAUCGGCUUUCCAAAUGCGCGCAUCUUCUUCGUCGGAUUGUUGAUUGCGGAUCAAGAGCAGUACUUGAUUGCCGAAGUGUCGUUGCCAGAGGUGUUUGAAGGUAGUGCUACAUCAGAGUGGCUGCAACACUCUCGCGAAAUCGAACGACAGUUGGAGCAGUCUUUGCAGCAUGCAGGUUCGUUGUUAAAGAUGCAACAAGAGACGAUUGCACAGGAGGCUGGGGACAAUGAGGAGUUUCUUCAAACUCGCACAAUUCCUACCACAACAGCCAUGCAGGAGCUGGAGGAUUGGAGAGAAGCAUUGUCAGAUGAGGUUAACAAUCUCAUCACGGAGCUGCAGGUCGUAGAACGGACUACGGAGCAACAACUUGCGGAGAUGGCGUGUCAAGUGAGGCAAGCCGCGGAGGAAGAGUGGUUUCUAGCUGGUCUAGAUAUAUCCAAGGCUUUUCUGACAGCACCAAUGAGCCAAGUUCAGCGGCAGGGUCGGCUAAUCAUUGUGCAACCGCCUAAAGCAGCGGUGAAGCUUGGACUUGCUUCGCCAUCCGAGCGGUGGGUGGUGCGAAAAGCUUUGUACGGCUUGGCGGAAAGCCCAGCUGCGUGGGUGGAGUGGAGAGACACGAGGCUUUUACAGAUGCGUUGGCAGACGGAUGGUUUGGACAUGAGGUUCAAAAAGUCAGAGGUUGAUCCCAGCUUGUACCUGCUCAUCGCGACGGACUCCGACGGCAAAGAGAGUGUCAAAGGCACUUUGGGACUAUACGUUGACGACUUUUUGUUAGCCGGGAGUAUGUCCAUAAUCACAGAUGCCAUCCAACAGAUUCGCGCUGAAUGGAAAACUUCUGAACCAGAGUUCUGCGGAAGAGGUCAUGACGACAAACCGUUGAAGUUUCUGGGUAUCCAAAUCUUUUGGAAUGAUGGCGCGUACUACUUGAACCAGGAGGACUUUGUCAGGGACCUGUUGCAACGACGGGGGUUUAAAGCAGAUGCAGGCGGCAUUGGUGGUGCUGGGCCAAUGAGCAAGGAGGCGCCGCCUGACGAGCCGGAGGAAGUGUCUGUUGAGGCGCUACGAAAAGCACAGGCAGCCGUAGGAGAGCUGUUAUGGCUGGCAUUGAAGUCCAGAGCAGAUCUGGCUUUUUGCACAAGCCAGCUUUCUGUGUGGUGUACUCGCUAUCCGCGUUUUGUUGCAAGAAAGGCAGAUGAAGUGUUUCAUUACUUGAGUAGGACGGUCACACUGGGCUUAAAGUAUUCGAAGGUGGAUCCUAUGUCUUUGGGUGGUGAUUCACAGCUUCGUUUCAAAAGGAGUGUCACAGUCUUGGAAGCUUAUACGGACGCAUCGUUUGCUGCGGGAUGUGAAGGUGAAGAAACGGCGAGAUCACACAGUGGAGCUGUGGUCGUAUGGGCCGACAGCCCAGUCAUGUGGAUGACGCAGCGCCAAACCACGAUAGCACUGAGCACAGCGGAAGCUGAGCUCAACGCUGCCCUGGAAGGAACAACUAUGCUACAAUCUGUCGCGCCUAUCGUUUCUAUGCUUUUGGGGAUCAAUGAAGAUGGCCUUUCCAAAGCGCUAUACAUUGAUUCCGUUUCCGCAUGCUCGAUCAUUUCAGUUGUCGCUGGUGCAUGGCGAACACGUCACUUGCGAAUCCGAGCAGCCGGUUUGCGGUCUUUGCUAAACAGUGGGUACCUGGUGGUGGCACACUUGAAAGGUGAGCACAUGCUAGCUGAUAUGCUGACCAAGUUGAUGAACGGAGCAAUCUUUGUCAACCUCAAGCAGAUGUGGCAGAUGACGACUGCUCCUACCACACAUUUGGUUUCUGAUGCAGCACGUGCAGCGGCCGCCGCCGUGGCCAUCCUCGUGGCUACUAUGUUGCAAGGCUACGAACUGGUGCAAGCAACUUCUUCGACUUCUUCGAUGACUACGUCUUCAACAACGCGAUGGUUUGAUCGAGCGGAUAUCGGAUUUCUUCUGGUAUUGGUUUUCGUCAUGGUCGCAGUCCACAAGGUCGUUUCGGCGGUGUUUCGAAGUGGCAUGAUCCGCAGUUGGUGGUGA